AUGGAGCCCCGGCAACCAGGGCACCAUCCUGUCGGCAAUGCUUCCCGAGCGAGCGGUGCCCCUAUGUCACAUACUACGUGCCAAUUGCCUGAUGAAAUGGAAACAAUCUCCGCUGCCUAUCAGGUUCUGUUCUACAUCAAAAGCUCCGCCUCAUUCCAACAACUCCUAGACUCUCUCCCGCCGGAUACCCCCGGCUUCCUCAUGAAACAACUCGUCUAUUCCUUCCUCUCCUACUUGGCAGAGUCGCAGUCUGAUACAUUCUUCGCACAAGGGAGCACUCGGGGGUUUGAAACUGUGGACAGCGUAUUUCAUAACUCCACGGUCUCUCCGAGAUGGCUGGCCGACGGCCCCAGUUCCCACUUCCACAUCCAGCAAGGUCUAGGUCAUCAGGAUUGCCUGCGGUGGGACGUAAUUGGUAUUAUAUAUGCCACUGUCGCUCUCUCCCUAACUAUAGGGCAUGACUUAUCCGAUUCCAAUGGUGGUGCAUCACAGCCAGACUCACGGGCAAGGGUGACGAUCCUAAAAGACCUGACUCACGCCGUCAACACAUGUAUACGGUUUCAGGAAAUGACCGGCACCAAAACCGAACUUUAUUUAUGGCUUCUUAUCCAAGACAUCGUAUUGCUUAUUAGAAUCUACGGGGGCAAAAAUCGACGUGUUUGGCGGAGGUUAGGGGAUAUUGGAAACGCACUAUUUACCAUUGGGCUGCAUAAACCAUCCUUUAGAAACCAGGUCAUCACAGCGAUGCAUAUCCGCCAACAAUUGUUCCUGACAGCUUAUACACUGGACAAAGCUAUAACAACGCUAAUGAAACGACCACCACGAAUCCCAAGGCAAAACUGCAUGGAGUUAGACAACAUUAGUUUGUCCGUCUCAGCCGCGGACUGGAUCAACCUCUAUAUCUCGACUAGGUUGAGUCAGGCCUUGUCUUCCCCAGUAUCGCUUGUAGAAAAGGUCAGUUUUGCCAUGAGCAUAGUACGCGAAGACGUCCAGGUUGCGAGGUCGACAUUGACUGACAGCCCGGAAUUCUCUGCACCUCAGUAUGUCUCGCCGCUGUUUCACAGCAUGCGUGUGUGGACUAAUGUAGUUUAG